AUGGUUCAAUUGCGGACUUUCUGGUGCUCCGUAAUUUUUUUCAGUGCAUUGGUAAUAUUGAAAGUGGAUCCUAGCCAUGGGGAACGACGUGUCGAAUUUGUGAAUACCAACUACACUUUCAGCCCGAUAUAUUUUAAGAAUUUUUCGGUCUCGAUUGUAAACAAAACCGUUGACAUGGAUAUGGAAUUGCUAAAGCCAAUCACUCGAGGAUUCAAGGUUCACAUCGACUAUCAACUUCGAAUGGCCAAUGCGAAGAGCUAUCAAUCGAUCUUCAGCCGCCAUGUCGAUGUUUGUGCCAUGGUGGGAACUGUCAAAGAUGGACUACUUAAGAGUUGGUUCAAGAGCAUGACCAAGUAUAGCAACUUUAUGCACAACUGUCCAGUGGAGGUGGGUCAUUACUACAUGCACAACUGGAAAAUGGGAUCCUCCAUGACACACCAGUUUCUACAUCCUGGCGAGUAUCGGAGUCGUGUCAACUUCUUCUAUGGCAAGUACCAGACCAAGACCGAAGACCGUGUGCUCUCUAUAAUCAUGGAGUCGGUUAUACACAACUGAUACAACAAGUGAAUCCUCUUAGCUCUUGCGCUAAA